UAACACACACACACACACACACACACACACACAGUUUUAUUGGCGAACAAGAACAAGAAGUAGAACUAGUAGAAGAAGAGGAGAAAUCCCCAAAUCACAGACUCAAAAUCCAAUUAACCAAGCAAGAAUCGGAAAUCAUGAACAUAGCCAAGCAGAGCUCCAUCAAAACCCUAAGAUCUCUUCAACACUUAAGCCAAUUGGCACCCACUCGCAGAUGGAUUUGCAAUUCCUCUCCCUCCUUGAUUCUCAAACAGUCCUUACUCCUCUCCAACCAUUUAUCUCCUCCUUCUCGAUCCUCUCCUCUCCCAUCUCUACUCCUCUUCGCCGUCCGCCAUCUGUGCACCAAUCGCGAUCCCAUUUCCAGGUAUGAGAUUGCACCUCCAAUCAAUUGGGGCAUACGAAUAGUACCUGAAGAGAAGGCUUAUAUUGUGGAACGGUUUGGAAGGUAUGUGAAGACUCUGACUCCUGGUAUUCACUUGUUGGUUCCAUUGGUGGAUCGGAUUGCGUAUGUGCAUUCUUUGAAAGAAGAGGCGAUUCCGAUUCCGGAACAGCUUGUUAUCACGAAGGAUAAUGUUCAAAUCUUGAUUGAAGGAGUGCUUUAUGUUAAGAUUGUGAACCCUCGGUUGGCAUCCUAUGGUGUUGAGAAUCCAUUGUAUGCAGUUGUUCAGCUUGCACAGAUCACUAUGCGUAGUGAGCUUGGAAAGAUUACACUUGACAGGGCAUUUGAGGAAAGGAGCACUCUGAAUGCGAAGAUAGUGGUGGCCAUCAAUGAGACCGCAAAAGAUUGGGGUCUGAAGUGCCUUCGUUAUGAUAUAAGCGAAAUGAUUCUUGAUUCUGAAGUUAGGACAGCUAUGGAGAUGCAGGCAGAAGCUGAACACAAAAAGAGAGCUCUAGUUCUUGAAUCAGAAGGAGAACGACAGGCACAAAUUAAUAUUGCUGAUGGGAAAAAGUAUUCAUUGAUCCUUGCAUCAGAAGGAGAACGACAGGCACAAAUUAAUAUUGCUGAUGGGAAAAAGUAUUCAUUGAUCCUUGCAUCAGAAGGAGAACGACAGGCACAAAUUAAUAUUGCUGAUUGGAAAAAGUAUUCAUUGAACCUUGCAUCAGAAGGAGAACGACAGGCACAAAUUAAUAUUGCUGAUGGGAACAAGUAUUCAUUGAUCCUUGCAUCAGAAGUAGAAGCAUCAGCUAUCUUUGCCAGGGCACAAGCAACAGCACAAGCAACAGUGAAGGUGUCAGAGGCCCUUAAAGAGCAUGGUGGAGUAGAGGCAGCAUGUCUAAGAAUGGCAGAGGAAUACCUCCACGCAUUCUGCAAUAUAGCCGAAGAGGGCAUAACAGUGUCGCUUCCUACAAAUACUACAGAUCUUGCCAACGCAAUGGCUGUAGCUCUCCAGAUGUAUAAGAACGAGAUUGUUGGUGCCGAGUCUGCUGGCAAUGCGCUUCAUCAGAUCUCCCCCCCAGAAUAUGAAGGAAAGAUGAAGAAUAUUACUACUCCCUCGGAUGAAAGUAGGAAUGAGAGUAAAGCAUCUAAUGUAGACCCUGUAGGUGAACCGACGUUUUCCCUCCAGAGCUCCAAGAAGGAUAAUCAAAGCUCAUCAAUGCAACUGAGCUCAUUCAGUAAUGGAAAGGUUUGUUGUGCUUGUCGGUUGUGUUAGCUUUGUAGACUUUUAGAUCAUACGGCCUUUCUUUUUCUAAUUCGGAAUCGCUGCCUGGUUCUUUGGUUCGACAGUUCCGUGCUGACAAGCAUUAGACAAUGGGAAAGAAAGUAGUCUAUGCCUCCCAAAACUUCGCUUAAGCUGGUCUAAUUCUGGGCUUUUCUUUUUCUUUUUUCUUUUUAAGAGUGAAUUCUUAUUGCACAUGCGCUGUGGAGGUGAAUAUGAUGUCAUUUUGGUAACUAUUACAAGAUUUAGAGGAAGAAGGAAUUGAACAAUAUUCGUUUUGUUUUUUGCCAACUCUUUAUGGAUUCUCCUUUUUGCCCAGAUUAACAGGGAAGACUUGAUUAAUUGAAGUUUGCUCGUGUGGUUUGAUAUUGUCUA